GCGAUCGCUUUCGUCCCUUCCCGCUCGAUCGAUCGGCUUCGAGCGUUCGCGCGCGUGCGACUUGGAUUGAGCUAGCUGCGGCUAGCAGCCUGCUGUUAAGGACAGAUACGAUCGGAGCGGUGGAAUGGCGGCGGCGGCGGCGACCAGCAGCAGCAGCACCACCGUGGAGGACCUGCCAGGGGACGUGCUGGCGUGCGCGCUGCGGCGACUGGACGGGCCGUCGCUGGCGGCCGCGAGCUGCGCGACAUCCGGGCUCAGGGCGCUCGCCGAGGACCCGGGGACGUGGCGGGCGCUCUGCCUGGCGCGGUGGCCGUCGCUGGCGGCGGCGGCGGCGCAGCAGCAGCAGAGGUGCGUCCUCUCCGGCGCCGUAUCUCCGCGGCGCCUCUUCGCCGACGCCUUCCCUUUCCCGUGCGCGGACGACGCCGCUCCCCUCGACGGGGACGAUCGGCUACGGCUGCGACUGCCGCUGCCCGGGGAGCUCGUGUCCGCCGUGGACGUCUACCACAGGGGCGCGCCCAUCGCCUCCCGCGUCGUCGAGACCUCCACGUUGUCCUCGUGGUUCCUCACCUCGCCGUUCUGCGUCGACGCCGUGGACUGCAAGAACCCGGCGCCGGCCGCGUCCGUCUCGCCGGCCGAGCUGGAGCUGAGCUGGAUCGUGCUGGACCCCGCCAGCGGCCGGGCGGUGAACGUGUCGAGCCGGCGGCCGGUAGCGCUGGAGAGGCACUGGUACACCGGCGACACGCUGGUGCGGUACGCCGUGGUGCUCGGCGGGUGCAAGUUCGAGGCCACCGUCAGCUGCUCGGAGGAGGCCGGCCAGCUAACGGAGGUCAGCCUCGCCGUCGACGACGCCGACGGCGCGGCCGUGAGCGGCGAGGGCUGCCUUCGUCUCCUCGCUGCGGCCAUGGCCGGGCCAAGGAAGGGAGGGCAGAACCAAGAACAGGAAGCCAAGAGGAGGUACGACGAGUUCGUGAGGAGGAAGAGGGGCAGGAAAGAGUCCAAGGCCAGGCGAGAGGUGCUCGUCGACCUGUGCUGCUCCGCCGUCAGCGCCGUCGCCGUGCUCAGCUUCCUCGCCGCCGUCGUGCUCCGGUAGCACACCAUCCAAGAAGCAGGGUCUCCUCCAAAUUCCCAUUGAUCUCUCACUCCCAAUGCAGCCAAACACAUCAUCGACGAAGAUAAAUAAUCCUUCACCGAGAAAUUUUUGCAGCAAAAUGUGUGUUUCCCAUUAGGCAGUGCACCAUAAAUCACUCACAUGUACAGUAGAUUAACUUGUUUUGUCGUGUCAAACGGAAGGGAAGAUACAGAAAUUUUACUGGAGAUAAACUGUGUCGCAUGGCAUCGAUCCAGGCAAGAACACUGUUCCCUAACACUAUUGGAGCUAAAAAUUCAGGCAUUUCAAGGCCACGGUCAUGACAGUGCUCGCAAUAAAAUCCUGAGGUCUACUGAAGGAUGGGUGUUGAACUGGAUAUUGCAAUCUGUCGCUACCGAAUGGCCCCCAAAAAGUCCAUACCUUUUUGGACCAGAUGUAACAGCGAGACUCGUCGCUACUUGACAGUCAAUUGGGCACCAUCCUUGUCAGCGAUUCAGGAUACAGGUUUGCGUUCGAUGCAUCUUCAAGUAUCGAAGAAAUAUGUGUGUAUGGAACGGGAUCAUG